AUGGCGGUGUCGCCUCUUAUUUCACAAUCGCCAUCUAGUGCCUCGGUAUCUACGUCUACGGCUUCCAAGGCCAAAAGCCUUGCUGUAAGAAGUGAGAGCCAGAGUGCUACUGCAUCACAUUUAAACAACGCAACUGCAGCUUUGGAGCUUGCAGAGCAGAUGAACGAGAAUGUGAGGCGGAAAUACGUCAAGGAUAAUAAGCUCGGUGAGGGUACUUAUGCCGUCGUUUACCUCGGACACUUGCGCGAUACCCCUUCGUCCCUUGUUGCCAUCAAGAAGAUCAAAGUCAAUGCAGAAUAUCGCGACGGGCUCUCAAUGGACGCUAUUCGAGAAAUCAAGUAUCUACAAGAAUUGUCUCAUCCCAACAUCAUUGCUCUUCACGAUGUCUUCUCGUCCAAGGAUCAAAACCUCAAUCUUGUGCUCGAAUACUUACCACUAGGAGACCUCGAAAUGCUGAUUAAGGAUGGCAAUAUCCAAUACGGUGUGGCAGACGUCAAGGCGUGGAUGGGUAUGCUCGCAAGGGGUGUCUGGUUCUGUCACGAGAAUUUCGUUCUACAUCGUGAUAUCAAACCGAACAACUUGUUAAUUGCGUCAGAUGGCGAAGUGAAGCUUGCUGAUUUCGGUUUGGCGCGAUCAUUCGCUGAUCCGUAUAUGAAUAUGACGCACCAAGUUAUUACUCGCUGGUAUAGGCCUCCUGAGCUCCUAUACGGUGCGCGGCAAUACUCUGCUGUAGUGGAUGUAUGGUCGAUGGGUAUGGUCUUCGCAGAGUUACUUCUUCGUGUGCCGUUUGUGGCGGGAAACACUGAUAUGGACCAAAUCGCCAAGAUCAGUGAGGCAUUCGGAACUCCGACGGAGGAGAACUGGCCUGGUGUCACCCGAUUGCCCAACUACGUACCUCCUGGAGAUCGAAUCACUCCUUUACAAGGGAGAGAGUUUUUCUUACGCCAGUUUCCUACAGCUGGCCCUCUCGGUGCUGAUUUGUUGAUGUCUAUGACCACCCUUGAUCCCUGUAAGCGGAGCUCGGUACGCCAGAUAUUGCAACAUGCUUGGUGGAUGAGCGAGCCUAAACCGACGUUCAAGGAAUCACUGCCAAGGAAGUCGGGGGGCUCGAAGAAAAUGGGCAAUGAUCUUUCGCGGCGAGCUGGAGAAGAUUCCGAGGGCCGGUUCAAAAAUGCUGCUCGGCAGCUGGACUUUGGAGUCAAAUGA